AUGGAAUCAAGCUCAGCAAUGCGUCUGCCUAUUGUCAUCUUCGCGGCUCUCGGCAGUCUCAGCUACGGCUAUGCAUCUAGCAUCAUUGCUACCACGCUAGGUCAGCCGACAUUCUUGAGUCACUUCGCCCUGGACUCAAGACACAACGCGAACGAUCUCAUGGGGGCUAUCAAUGGAUUGUUUCAAGCUGGAGGCUUUCUAGGUACAUUAAGCUGCUAUGCAAUCGCAGAUGCCUUUGGUCGUCGAAAGGCCAUCUUGGUUGCGGCGCUGAUCUCGACUAUCGGUGGAGCCCUUCAGGCUGGAAGCAUCAACAUCGACAUGUUCAUUGCCAUGCGUUUUCUCCCUGGAGCCUUGGUGACGCUGGUCCCUCUCUAUCAGAGCGAGAUGUCGCCAUCACAUAUUCGCGGGCUCCUCGUCGGCAUCCAUGGUGGCAUGAUAGGCACGGGGUAUGCUCUCGCGAGCUGGACCGGUUUGGGAUUCUACUUCGUCAAAGCUUCCGGUGCCCAAUGGCGUAUUCCUCUGCCUAUUCAGUGUUUGCCUUCACUGCUGCUUGCAGUAGGCAUCCUGAUGCUGCAAGAAACGCCCCGCUGGCUCAUUCUGGCCAACCGCAUCGACGAAGCCCGCGACUCGUUCAAUUAUACGCGGCUUGCAAGCGGAGAAGGUCCGAGUUCUGAUGAGGAAACGACUGAUGCAGAUUUCGAGGUCUUGCGUAGGCAAACCAUCUGCGAGAUGCAGCAAAAUAUUACCUUCUUCGAUCUACUCAGGACACCUUCAAUGAGAAAGAGAUGCAUCACGGGGUUUCUCACCACGUUUGGAUGCCAAGCCACCGCGACUAUCGUUAUCAACAACUAUGGCCCUUUGCUGUAUGCUAGUUUGGGGUUCAGCACCGUCCAGCAGCUUCUCAUCCAGCGCGGCUGGAUAUCUGUGGCUCCUUUCGGCAACUUCAUAAAUGCCUACCUUGUUGAUCACAUAGGCCGCGUCAAAAUGCUUCUUGGUGGCUUUGCUGGCUGUGUCAUCGCUCUCAUAGGAGAAUGCAUUACUAUGUCCGUCUUUGAAAAGACGAAUCAUCGAGGAGCUGCAUCAAGCGCUGUCUUCUUCCUCUUUCUUCACGUCACCAUUUUUACCCUCUGUUGCGACGCUACGUCUUACGUUUAUGCGUCCGAGAUCUUUCCAACCCCAGUUCGCACGAAAGGGCUCUCAAUCUCUGUCUCUGGCCUCUUUUUCGCCACCAUUAUCUUCACUACAGCUGCUCCUACAACAUUUGCUGAGAUUGGGUGGAAGUUCUAUCUGGUAUUUAUUGUUGCCACUUCAAUUAUCAUUGUGUACGCAUAUAUGACAUUUCCCGAGACCCGUAAAAUGUCGCUUGAAGAUAUUCAAGAACUCUUUCGCGAUCCAAUUGACGGCAUGCCUUCAGAGUUUGUCAAUCAGGAGACUCUUCACCACCUUGGCAAGGACGACGAGAAGAAAACCAUUCACGCUAGAGAACUCAGUACUUAA